GGCAGCACCCACCGGCCGCAGCCUCCCCUCGCCCGGGCUGCGCUGACGCUGCGCUCGCUGUUACGUGCUGAGCACGGGUUACUCCGCUUCAGCUUCUCUUAUUUUCAUCCCUCUUUUUCUUCUCUGCCCUCUAAAUCCUCCCCUGGACUGAGGAACUGUUUCUCAUCCGGCUCCGCUAUCCAGAGGAUGGAGAUGGAAAAUACAAUCUCCUGCAGCAGGGAUGGAUUAUGAUGUUUUUGUAGCCUUUUGCAGCACGAAUAGUAAAAAUCCUUCCAGCUCUGCGUGCUAGGAACAGCCUCCAGGUUUGCAAUGAAGUGCCCCGCACCCGAGGAAUGUUGCUGUCCUCAGGCAGUGCAGACAAGCAGUGUGCGUCACGCCGGAGCCUGCCUCUGAGGGUCCAUCUCCCCGCCUGAGAUCACACUGGAGGGCUCACACUUGAUUCCAUGAGGAUUUGGACAUCCAGCCCCCGCCGCGGCCUGUCCUUCUCAAGCAGAUGUUAGUGGGAGAGGAAUGGUGUUGAUCCCCGCGCUGCCGCCGUCGCUGCCCUGAGCUGUUAAGCCUCUUUACUCCUGCUUGGACAGGGAAUAGAGCUGCUCUGUGGUGGUGUUGACUGUGAGUCAUGACGAAUAAACCAAUGCAUUGAAGGUCGUCACGUCCAGAAAGAUCAUUAUCCACAAUAAUAAGGCAAGUAAGAAAAUGUAGAGGGCCGGAGGCGAGGCCGAAAGCCCGGAGCGAGUGCUGGGCCGCGCGGCGUCACCAUGUCCAAGAAGGGCCCCAGUGGCCGAGCCCGGGGGGAGAAGCCGGACGCCCUGGCUGCGCUGCAGGCUGCCAAUGAAGAGCUCAGGGCCAAGCUCACCGACAUCCAGAUAGAGCUCCAGCAGGAAAAGAGUAAGGUCAGCAAGUUGGAAAGGGAGAAAAACCAAGAAGUGAAGCAGAUCAAAGAGCAUGAACAGCAUAAAAGUACAGUGGUGGUAACAGAGCUCAAAGUCAAGCUUCAUGAAGACAAAAUGAAGGAGCUCCAAGCUGUUCGAGAAACGCUUUUGAGACAGCACGAGGCUGAACUGCUGAGAGUAAUAAAAAUCAAAGACAAUGAAAUCCAGAGGUUGCAGACGCUCCUCAACGCUGUGCGCGACGGGGCUCCCGACAAGGUGAAGACGGUGCUGCUGACCGAGGCCAAGGAGGAGGCCAAGAAGGGCUUUGAAGUUGAGAAAAUAAAAAUGCAGCAAGAAAUUUCAGAGCUGAAGGGGGCCAAGAAACAGGUGGAAGAGGCUUUAACCAUGGUCAUCCAAGCUGACAAAAUUAAAGCAGCGGAGAUAAGGAGUGUGUAUCACCUGCACCAAGAGGAGAUCAGCAGAAUCAAGAGGGAGUGUGAGAGAGAAAUCCGGAGGCUGAUGGAGGAGAUUAAGUUUAAAGACAGAGCAGUCUACGUGCUGGAGAGAGAGUUAGGGGUGCAAGCCGGGCAUGCUCAGAGACUGCAGCUCCAAAAGGAGGCUUUAGAUGAACAACUUUCCCAGAUCAAAGAGGCUGAUCGGCAUCUGAGCAGCCCCAAGCGGGAACUUCCUUAUGCAAGUGGUGCAGGAGAUGCUUCAGACCAUUCGGGAAGCCCCGAACAGCAGUUGGAUGAAAAGGAUGCCCGGCGAUUCCAACUGAAAAUCGCGGAGCUGAGUGCCAUCAUCAGGAAGCUGGAGGACCGGAAUGCGCUGCUCUCGGAGGAGAGGAACGAGCUGUUAAAACGUCUGCGAGAAGCUGAAAGUCAGUAUAAGCCCAUUCUGGACAAAAACAAGCGCCUUAGUAGGAAGAAUGACGAACUGUCACAUGCCUUACGCCGAAUGGAAAACAAGCUAAAAUUUGUGACGCAAGAAAACAUCGCAAUGAGGCAAAGAGCUGGAACAAUAAGGAGACCAAGCUCUUUGAAUGACCUUGACCAGGAAGAAAGGGAAGUUAAUUUCUUGAGACUACAAGUUAUUGAACAGCAAAAUAUCAUUGACGAGCUCUCCAAGACACUGGAAACUGCUGGCUAUGUGAAGAGUGUCAUGGAACGUGAUAAACUGUUGAGGUAUAGAAAGCAACGGAAAAAAAUGACAAGAAUUCCUAAGAAGCCGGUUGUGGAGACGUUCUUUGGCUACGAUGAAGAAGCUUCCUUGGAGUCUGAUGGUUCCUCUAUCUCAUAUCAAACUGACCGCACAGACCAAACCCCUUGCACGCCUGAGGAUGACUUGGAAGAGGGCAUGGCCAAGGAAGAGACAGAACUGCGGUUUCGGCAGCUGACGAUGGAGUACCAGGCUCUGCAACGAGCAUACGCCCUAUUGCAAGAACAGGUCGGAGGAACAUUGGAUGCAGAACGAGAAGUUAAGACACGUGAGCAGCUCCAAGCAGAAAUACACCGCUCGCAGGCUCAGAUCCAGGACCUGGAGAAGGCCCUCGCAGAGCAGGGACAGGACAUGAAGUGGAUUGAGGAGAAGCAAGCGCUGUAUAGAAGAAACCAGGAACUGGUAGAAAAGAUAAAACAAAUGGAAGCAGAGGAAGCUCGCUUGAAACAUGAUGUCCAGGAUGUGAAGGAUCAAAACGAGCUCCUGGAGUUCAGGAUCUUGGAGCUUGAAGAGAGGGAGCGGCGAUCACCUGCCAUCAACUUCCAUCACGGUCCCUUUACAGAGGGGAAAAGCCCUCUCCAGGUGUACUGCGAGGCAGAAGGUGUAACAGACAUAGUAGUAGCAGAGCUGAUGAAGAAGUUGGACAUUUUAGGGGAUAACGCCGUAAGUAAUCUGACCAAUGAAGAGCAAGUAGUUGUCAUACAAGCAAGGACCGUCCUCACGCUGGCUGAAAAGUGGCUCCAGCAGAUCGAAGUGACGGAGUCUGCGCUGCAGCAGAAGAUGCUGGACCUUGAGAAUGAAAAGGAGCUGUUCAGCAAGCAGAAGGGUUACCUGGAUGAUGAGCUUGAUUUCAGGAAACAGUCCCUGGACCAAGCUCACAAGCAAAUUCUGGAAUUAGAAGCCAUGCUCUAUGAUGCCCUGCAGCAAGAAGCUGGAGCCAAAAUCUCCGAACUUCUUUCAGAAGAGGAGAAGGAGAAGCUGAAGAGCGCUGUGGAGCAAUGGAAGCGGCAAGUGAUGAGCGAGCUCCGGGAGAGGGAUGCCCAGAUCCUGCGGGAAAGGAUGGAGCUCAUCCAGCACGCACAGCAGAGAAUUAAAGAGCUAGAAGAAAGAAUUGAAGGCCAAAAAAGACAAAUAAAAGAGUUAGAGGAAAAGCUUUCAUUCUUUGGUCAUAGCCCUUCAGGCCAUGUGCAGAAGCCUGCUGAGGAGGCUACAAUUACUUCUGCUGUUGCUAACAUGAAGACAGCAUUGAUUACCAAGGCAGAAAGAGAGACUUUGCCACUCCAAACCCCACAAACAUCUCUCCUAUUUUGCUUCUGGCGAUGGGAGGUGCAGCCUCUCUGAGCCUUGCAGACUGAAGCUGGACUGGGGUACGUGGCCAAUUCGGCGCAGGGGAUGUCUGCAUCACUGAAAUCUCUGAGUGAGCAUUCUGAAGAGCCAGAACGACACCGUCAAAGAAAGCCAAACCCCUCUCAGUGGCUGCCGGAGGAAGUGCUGGCUCUGCUGCUCGAGGAGCUCUCAGCUUUACGUAAGGAGCGCUAUUCUGAUUCAGAUAAACUGAAUUCAUUUUGGUUCCCUGCUGAGCAGGCAGUAAAUUGCUUCUCUGGAGAAGUGACCGUGUCCUGGUUUAUAUGUCACGCUUUUGUAUUUGUUAUUCAGUUAGUUCAAAAUCCGUCUUGAAAGAAGAAUUUAGGAAGAGUUUCAGAGGAGUAACUGAUGAGAAGAGAAACGCGAGUGGAAAUGAAGUGUUUCAUUCCAAGUUAUUUCUUCAUAACACAGGGUAUGUCCAAUGGUUUGUUGCUUAUCCCACAAGCCCAGUUCUAGGGAAGAACAUGCAACUGUGUUCAGGAAAUCCAGCUGUAGGAUUCUGUUGAGUUUUCAGUAGACCAUGGCCCGCAGCACGAUGAAAAAUGGCACAGCAAGUUAUAAUGUGCUGUCCCUGAAUGAUGACCAAAGGCUUAACAUUGUCCCAGCAAAAGGCUUGACCUGGACAAAAGUGAAGGUAAAACACACAAUCCCCGAUCCGCACGCUCUGGGCUGGGGAAGGCAGCAAGAGGGAAUAGAAGAUCUCACCACUGUGAGACUGGGGAGCACGAGCCCUAGCCCAGGCAGCUGCCGCAGGCACCAGGAAGGGAAAUGGAUCCUCUGGAAAAACAGGCGAAGGAGGGAAGUUCCAGAAGAAAUCCCACAGUGUGAUUCACCCCGUGAGAACCGCAGCCAAGCCUGGGGCUGUUGGGGAAGGCCAAGGGCAAGCUCCUGUCUGCAGCGUUCCCUGGAUGUGGAGCCGUGAAGCUCCCAGAGGCACAGGAUGUGAUGGAGGAACUGCCCAUCCCUUUGAAGCACAAGGCAGGAAGGAAACCCAGAGCUCCCAACAGGUGCCUGCACCCCUUCCAAACCUUGCGUGGAGUUUAAAAAGCUAUGAAGAAAGUCCCUUGAUACUGAAAUUCUACAAACUCUCCAGGUCUCGUACAUCCAUCAUCUGUUUUAAAGAAGUGAACAUUGUGAAGAGGGAGCUGAACUACAAACACGUAAGAAAAGGAGGUGGUCAGAGGAGUUACCUGUUUGUACUGAAGUAUUACAGCAUUUUAAGCCAAAGGUGAUGGCUUUGACAUUGGCACAUGGUUGUAUUAUAAAAGUGAUUUAACAGAUUCCAAUUCUACCAGAUAAAAAUACCAGUAUUGGGAUUACGUGAUGAGCUGCAGUUUUACUUCUGCAUCUCAUGCUUAAAACAUGUGUCCAUUUUGGGUUCUACUUAAGUACUUAAUGUCUUAAAAUACUUCAUUGGAAGACCUGCAGAGAGUGGCUGAGGGAACCUCUGCAGCCUCAGGCAUCACUGUCCUCUUGCUGGGAAUCCAGAGGAAGGCUCUGGGCUGGCAUCCCUCAGCCCCAGAGAGCUCGGGAUGGGAGCUGCUGCGGGCAGAUGGAUGAACGGGGAUGGGGACCAGGGGCAGGGAGUGGGGCUGGAAGUGGCUUGGAGCCAUUUCAUGCCCCUUCUCCCAGACCACGCUGUCACACGUUGUGUAUGGGCAUCUAGGAGUUCCCUUCCAUUCCCAUUAGUUAGACUUUCUUAACCAUGCUUUUUUGAAUUAAAAAGCUAUCUGCACAGGACAGGACAUGUGUAAAUAAGGGAUUGUGCUUGUGUAUAUGUUAAUAUUUAUGUGUAAAAAGAUGUGUACAUAGGAAAGAAAAAAAAAGGCUCAAAGAAUGUUUCCAAAACUGUUUCUUACACAGGCAGAGAUAGGAAAUGUGCAUAAACGCGCUCCUUAAUUUCAGCAUAAGGGUUUUUGCUCCGUUUUCAGUCACUUUGUGUUUGCUCCCGCUGGGCUUUUGCAGGAUGAGUUUGUACGAUGAGACUGUGACCGUGGCCAGAGAUGCUCCGCAGACGGGGCCGCCCUUGGCCCCUGGAAUGAGCUGUGGCUGUGUCACAUCUCAUUUGUGUUUUCUUGCCUCUGGGUCUUGUGUACCUUUUACAAACCAAGGUCCCAAAGCCACAGCACCAGAGGUGGAUGUUUACCUGAUCUGGGGCUCCUUCCUGCAGCCCCCCCGUCCCUCAGUGCAGGUAAACAGCGGGGAGAGGAGGGGUGUGCAGCCACUCUCAGGCCAGCGAGGAGGCAGCCACAAGUCCAGAGCUACCAACUGCUCCAGUUCUCCCCAUAAGCAUCUUCUGCAAGUUUCCCAGCGCCCUUCAAAGAGCGACAAGACGGAGGCCAGGUAAACCGAGCGCAUCCCGGGGCGCCACCGGCACAGCACCACCGCUCCGCUUCCCCUCAGGACUGUGAGGAAGGAGCGUGUCUGUGACCAGCCCAGGCCCACACAGCUCCUGGAGGAGCAGGGAAGCGGGAGGACACGGGCUGCCCGGUCCCACAGGCGAGCUAUGGACCGACAUCCACCGGGACCACAGCACGUGGUUCAGGCCUGUUCCUAUUCAAGCUGUUGGAGGACCGUGGCAUCAUUUCAAGUCCCCUGCUCCAGUGCUAUCUGUAGCCUUCAGUGUAUCCCCGAGUGCCUUACACAGCUUGUGAACACAACUCCUGACCUGAAGGGGAAACGCACCCGGGGGCCCGAUGCCGGCUCCCACCAUGUCCCCAGUGCUGCUGCUGUGGGGACCGGUUCAGUUUAGCCUCAGGAAACCACGUUGUGAGUGAGUGUGUUGAACCCUGCACCUCUGAUCCUUCUUUAGAGACAGGAACUGUCCUAAACUUAUGCAAAACGUAAACCAGAGAAAACGUUUCCCCCCCAGGCCGGCUGCCGGGCUCCUGCUCCCCAACGGGACCCAACAACCGUGUUAACGUCCACUAAUGGUUGGACCUGAUGAUCUUAAAGGUCUUUUCCAACCUGUUUGAUUCUGUAUCCCAAGUACAUGGUGUCUGCUCAGAGCUGAGGCAGGAGCUGACGGGGCUGGAGCGAUCGAUUACAGAAUUUUACACAUAUUUUUGUAUCGUGAUUCAUAUGAUAUAUAUCGAGAGACUUUCUAUUCAUUUGUAAAAUACAUAAAUUAUUGUAAACUUUUAAUAAAAAGCUGUUUUAAACCUUCA